GGAGAGAACCUUCCAUCUCGAGUGAUACCAGGACAGAUUCCUCUACAGACAGCUAUCCUUAUAAACAGGCACACCAUGAGUCUGUGGUCAGUCACUUCUCCUCUGACUCGCAGGGGACAGUCAUCUACAAUGUGGAGAAUGAUGCAGCUUCGCAAAGCAGCAGGGACACAGGGCACCUGACUGACAGCGAGUGCAAUCAGAGGCAUAUUUCCAAAAAGGGCUCACUGGCAGACCGCAAGAGGAGUUCUAGCCGGUCUCGGCGAAAAGGAGAUGAGGCCCAGCCAUCAGGAUACCACAGUGAAGGAGAAACCUUGAAGGAGAAACAAGCCCCCAGAACUGCCCCUAAACCAUCCAGCAGCACCAGCAGGCUGAGGGAAUUUAAAGAGACAGUGAGCAAUAUGAUCCACAGCAGACCACAGCAGUCUUCUCAAACCAUCCAGAAUGCCCCUCGUGGAGGGAGUAGUGUGGAUCAGGCAGAAACACGACCCUCCAAAAGCCUGUCUGCACACUCUCGAGACUGGGAAGUGGAGAGUACCAGUAGUGAGUCUAAGUCCAGUUCAUCCAGCAGGUACCGGCCAACCUGGAGGCCUAAAAGAGAGUCUCUGAAUAUAGACAGCAUCUUCAGUAAAGACAAGAGGAAACAUUGUGGCUACACUCAGCUUAGCCCCUUCUCUGAAGAAGCAGGAAAAGAGCUUAUUGAGAAUGAGGUGAAGGAACACCCUGUUCAAGAAACAAGAUCAAGCCAGUCAAAUGUCAGAUACAAGCGUGGUGUGCUAGGCCGGGGCACCCAGCAUCAUAUGAUGGAUCAACAUCCUCAUCUGAUACAGAGAAUGGAGUCUGGCUAUGAGAGCAGUGAACGCAACAGCAACAGCCCAGUUAGUCUGGACAUGGCUUUGUCUGAAAGCUCAAGCACCCACAGGGACGCUCACAUGAAGCGAGCAGGUGGAUUGGUUCCUGCCUGGCGUAACAUCCCAAAGUCUCACAGUAGCAGCAUCUUGGAAGUGGAGUCUACUUCAUCAGCUGGGACUUGGGCAAACAGCCCCCACACCAUUGGAAACGGUGGGGAGAUGUUUGUCCCUUUAAAGAGUGAACUGGAUGAACUGCAAGAAGAGGUGGCAAGGCGAGCACGUGAACAAGAACUACGCAGAAAAAGAGAGAAGGAAAUGGAGGCAGCAAUGGGCUUUAAUCCCCGCCCCAGCAGGUUCAUGGAUCUCGAUGAACUGCAGAAUCAGGGGAGGAGUGAUGGCUUUGAGAAGUCGAUGCAGGAGGCAGACUCAAUCUUUGAAGAGUCGCUGAAUCAGGAGCAGAAGGGGGAUUGUGCUGCAGCUUUGGUGCUCUGUAACGAAGCUAUAUCUAAACUAAGACUUGCCAUGCAUGAUGCCAGCGCUAGCACUCACAGCAGAGCCCUAGUCGAUAAGAAGCUGCAGAUCAGUAUCCGAAAAGCCCGGAGCCUCCAGGAUCGCAUGCAGCACCAACAGCCACCGCAGCCGCUGCCGCCGCCCGCCUGCCACCCACCACAGGGUGGCACCGUGGCCCAGUCUACAAGUGAACAGACUGGCCCGCUCCAAGUACUGCUGAGCCAGGAGGUACCACUGGAACCCAACAAAGAAGUGGAAUUUGGGUCCAGUUCUUUAUUCCACCCACCUGCUUCCUGCCAUGAAUUGCACUCAUCAUUAUAUCCAGAGUCUUCCUCCUUGCCCCAUUCUGAAAGCAAUCCAUCCAACAAGAUCGCUCCAAACUUCCAGUCUGCUUCUGCUGAUUUUCAUGACCAAGUUACCUCUUUUCCCUGCAGGCAAGGGUUGGCAGAUAGGUCUGCAAGAACUGGGAGUGAUGCCCACCAUAGAGUGGAAUUUGCUGACACCACAGCCACAGGGCCAAAAGACUAUAGGGAAUGCUGCAGUAGCAGCAAGUCAGAAGAGGUUCACAACAUAACACCUAUUCUCACACCUCAGUACAAAUCCAAGGCUAAGACAGUAAACUCUGGGUCUUUGCCUACGCUGUUUCCCUGUCCACAUCCACCACAAGCAGCAUCUCCUGAAAAGGACAGCCAGCACAGUCCUUGUUCCAAACUUACAAGCUCUCCAGUGUGGCCCAGUAUUGAUCAUUUAGGGGCCUAUCAUGCAAUGACCCCUGCAACUUCAUCCCCUACACAGCAGUGCUCCUUGGAUCCUUUGCAGAAAACAAAUAAGUACUCCAGAGCAGACGGCCAUGAGAUUUUAUUACCCUCACAGGAUGAAUAUGGCACAGCAGAAAGUUGCAAAUCUGAGGCCUUUAGUACAAAGGGACAUGUUCGCUCCUUGGCAGAGCAGUUUCAGAAAAUGCAUGCAGUCUCCCAGAGAAAAGGUACUCAUGAAAAAGGCUGGAUUGCUGCAGUGUGUCAGGAUGAGAAGUCUCCAAAGUUAACACAAAAAUCUUUCAUCAACCCUUCAUCUUCUGGUUACAGACAGCUAAUCCAUCAAAACCAAGACUACAAAAACCAGUCUUCUGAAAAAUCACACUCAACUGUGGAUAUUAGGGAUGGGGUAGUUUCUUUGGAGGGUUUUAGUGCCCAGCAUGUUGCUUCUAAGAGUAUUUGUUCUUACAGUGAAGAGCUGUGUAGAAGAGGUGGACAAACUAUAGGAGACCCUGCACCCUACCUGGAAAGGCACUGUCAUGAUGGAGGAAUGAAACAGGUGGAUGAUGGAGCUACUGGUAGCAUGGCUGCCUCUAUGCCUGUGGACCGUUGGGUGGAUAAUGUUACUAGGUAUUACAGUUCUCAGAAGGCUAAUAAGAAUACUGAAUGGCUUCCUGUACCUGGGAGGAGUCCAACCCUUUCUGAUCAGAGAGCAGUUGGAGGUGACUUGAGCAGGAUCCCAGUACAUCUGCAUCCACAGUGGAAUCAAGACACAGAACAGGAGCUCUCAGAACUGGAAUCCCUCUAUCAGACUAGUCUGCAGGCAUCUCAGGCCACUAGGCCUUUCUUGGGAAGACAGGACAGUGCUAGGUAUCCAUAUGACCAAUCAG